AUGGGAUUGGCUAUUUCGAAGACGUUCAAGGCAGUGUACGAGAUGUUUGCCGGGACAGAGGCGCGGAUUGUGAUGAUCGGGCUCGACGGGGCAGGCAAGACGACACUGUACCAGUGGCUCAAGUCAGGCGAGGUGAUGCCGUCGAUUCCGACGGUCGGCUUUCAGGUGGACAGCGUCAAGAUCAGCGGGCUCACGCUCCAGUUGUGGGACAUGGGCGGGCAAUACACGAUCCGCAAGCUCUGGAAGCGGUACAUCGAGGGCGCAGACGCGCUGGUGUUUGUGGUGGACUCUGCCGAUGAGAGCAGGAUGGCGAUGGCGCGCAAGGAGCUCGAAUCGAUGCUGGGCGAGCCAGAGCUGGCGCACGUCCCGGUCCUUAUCCUCGCCAACAAACAGGAUCUGCCUGCGGCCAAGACUGCGUCGGCGUUGUCUGCCGAUCUGGGGCUUGGCGAGGUGAAGAAUGACAACUACAUCCAGCCGUGCGUGGCGACGCGCGGCGAGGGCAUCGACGACGGCUUCAGCUGGUUGUGCACCGCCAUCAAGGAGCAUCGGCGAGCGAACGCGGCGUAG